AUGCUGGAAAUUACUUUGAUAUUGUUGCUGCUACUUCUGGGCCUCGUCUAUGCCUUCAUGACUUGGAAUUAUGGAUUCUGGCGCAAGCGAAAUGUGCCAGGUCCUUCGCCACGUUGGAUCACAGGCAACUAUCCGCACAUGUAUAACAUGAAACGUCACACAAUCUAUGAUCUCAACGAAAUCUACAGUCAAUACAAGCAUCAGUUCGAUGCGAUUGGCAUAUUCAAAGCACGCUGUCCACAACUGAUGGUGAUAAAUCCGCAGUUGGCAAGACGCAUCUUCGUGUCUGACUUCAAGCACUUUCACGAUAAUGAGAUGUCUUUAAUGGUGGACGAGAAAUCCGAUUUCAUAUUUGCCAAUAACCCAUUUAUCCUGGUCGGAGAUGAGUGGAAACAACGGCGCGCAGAUGUUACUCCCGGAUUAACUAUGGCUCGUAUCAAGGCCGUUUAUCCGGUUACAAAUGAGGUUUGCCGAAAGAUGAGCGAAUGGCUGCGCAAGCAAAUACGUCUACCUCCACCUGAGGGCAUUAAUGGGAAAGAUCUCAGUCUACGUUUCACAACCGAAAUGGUCACCGAUUGCGUGCUGGGCCUGAAGGCCGAGAGCUUUUCUGACAAACCCUCACCAAUUAUGGGCUACAUCAAAGGGCUGUUCACUCUGCCGUGGACUUCUAUCAUGUAUUUUAUGAUAGUCAACACUCUGCCCACACUACGACAAGUCUUCAAGAUGCGCUUAAUUCCAUUGCAUAUCGAGCACUACUUUGUGAACCUAAUGCAAACUGCGAUUGAUGCACGACGGCAGCAACUGGCUGCUGGAAAGCAAUUCGAUCGCGUUGACUAUUUAGAGUAUAUUCUGCAGCUGGGCAACAAGAAAAACCUGGAUACACGUCACUUGACCGCGCACACAAUGACAUUCCUGUUGGAUGGAUUCGAAACAACAGCCACAGUGCUAAGUCACUUGCUCUUGCUGCUUGGAAGGGAUGAGCAGGUGCAACAGCAACUGCGCGAGGAGCUGGAGGCUCAUCUCAAUGCUAAGGGCAUCAUUGACUUUGAGAUGCUGAACGAGCUGCCCUUCCUGGAUGCAUGUGUGCAGGAAGCCAUUCGUCUCUUUCCAUUAUUUGUGGCCAGUAAGCUAUGCACUGAGCCGAUAGAGUUGCCCAACAAAAAGGGCGGGAAUUUCACAGUGGAGCGUGGCACAACGGUCAUUGUGCCCCAUUGCUGUUUCAUGUUGGAUGAGGAAUAUUUUCCCAAUCCUCAGGACUUCAAACCCGAGCGUUUCAUGCAGCCCGAUGCUGCUAGGAAGUAUCGGGAGCAAGGCGUCUUCAUGGGCUUUGGCGAUGGUCCGCGAGUUUGCAUAGGCAUGCGGUUCGCAUUGAUACAGAUCAAGGCUGCUCUUGUCGAGACGCUCACCAAGUUUAAUGUUCGCAUUAAUCCCAAGACCCGCAAGGAUAUCCUAUAUGAUCCCAUGGCCUUUGUCACGACCCUGCAAGGCGGCAUUUGGCUGGACUUUGAAGCGCGUCAAUAAAGCGUAAAUGACAAAUUGACUUUUAGGGGCAAUUCGCUCAAUAGAAAACGCUUACAACGGGCUCUCACAUAUCAAUUUCAAACGCUUGAUACGAGCCCCCGUAUGCUAGCAAUCGAAAAAUGUAAAAGUCGGUAGAACGAUAAAAGCAAUUAUUUAAUAAAUAUAUCAGCAUUUAUAACACUAACUGAUAGGAACUAGACAUAGUAUAUAGGUAUAAAGCCCGAUCGAUAUUUCAAUUCAAAUUUUUUGAACAUAACUUUAAGAUAGAAGCAGCUUGAGACACAAUUUAGUAUGUAGAUU